AUGACUUCCACGACCUGCACCCGCAAGGGCUGCGGCAAGACCUUCGAUGAAAGCAACAACACCCAAGCCGUAAGCACUACUUUGUCUCCCGCCAUUGAUCACGGUACACUUGCUCCCCCGGCUUCGACAGGGCUUGAGACUGACAUGGAGCGCCCUGCUCGGAUUUCCUCGACGUUCCAUGACGAUGUCGCGCCGCGUUGUGCCGCACGAUUGCGUUCCCUUCUUUGUAGGACUGCCAAUUCCACCCUGGAGCUCCUGGUCAGUGCAUUCUCAUACGACGUGUUCGGAUGACUUUUGCCGUCUGACACGACCAUUCUCCGCUGGCAGUCUUCCACGAGGGCAUGAAAUCGUGGUCGUGCUGCGCGACGACCAACAAGCCCGUCACCGCGUUCGACGAAUUUCUCGCCCUGCCAGGCUGUGCGACGGGCACCCAUUCCUCAGAGAAACCUGUCGCACCGCCGAAACCGACCGUCGUCGAGAGCACGCCUGCGCCCGUCGCGACCGGCGUCAACGGCGAAGAGACGUAUGGCGCCCCCGUGACAUCAUUACCCCCACCCCCUCCCAGGGCCGCUUCCUCUUCCUCGGCGACGCUCAAGGACCGACAACCUGUCUCGACAGAAUACGUCGAAGAGCAAGACGAUCCGUCCCUGACCGUGCCUGCGGGUGCUCGUUGCAAGCGAAGAGCGUGUGGGGCGACGUUUGAACCCUCGACGUCGCGACACGACACGGAAUGCCAGUACCACAUCGGUGUCCCGCUCUUCCACGAGGGAUCGAAAGGCUAUUCGUGCUGCAAACGACGCGUGUUGGACUUCGACGACUUUCUCCGGAUCGAAGGGUGUCGAUCGGGGAAGCACUUGUUCGUCGGGCCGAAACCCAAGCCGGGUCAGGAAGAGGAGGAUCAGUUGGUCGAAUGCCGCGUGGACCACUACCAAUCGCCGAGGAACGUGUGCGUGUCGAUCUUUGGCAAGCAAGCGGACAAGGAAAGGAGCUCGGUCAGGUUCGAAGUUGAGGAGGUGAGUAGGCUUUAAUGCGCCGUGUGUGGGUGUGCACACGAAUCCGAUUGCCCCAUUUGCUCACCUCGAGCCGGUCCGAUUUGAUUUAGAUGCACGUCGAUCUCUUGCUACCUUCUCGCAAGCGCUUCACCAAGUCGUUCUCACUCUACGGUCCGAUCGAUCCCGCAACCUCGACGUUCAAGAUCCUCGGCACCAAAUGCGAGGUCACGCUCGCCAAGGCUGAUGCGAGAAGCUGGCCGUCCAUAACCAAAUUGAGCGAGGACGUCGGCUUCAUCCCUCAGUUGGCAUUCAGUGCGGGUGAGUUUCUCUCUCCGAGCCCAUUCGAGCUUUCGAUCUGUUCAAGAGGAGAAGGAGCUGACGCUGUAGCUUGUCGACGGCAGGGGGCGGACGAGGAACGGUGGGUGCCAAAGAGGCGAUCCUCGAUGAUCAGAACAAGAUGGCUCGAUAG